UGAGGGGCGGAAGUAGACCAGCAGUUUACGACGGAAGUGUGUCACCAGUGCGGGGCAGAAGUGCCGGACCCACGCUGAAUUGAUCGUUGGUAGGACUGUGUUUUCUCUGAAGAGUUUGGUUGCGUGAAAAGAAAGUCUUCGAGUGCAGCGGAAUCUGUCAUUUCAAUAAACUAGGAAGCUAAAGGAGGAGUGAUGCUGGGCCGGCCCAAGCCCGGGGACUCGGAGGAGGACCUGCUCCGGUACCAGGACCGGUUCCUGGCCUCGGGGGGUGAGCCGGGGGUGCAGGUGGUCCGCAGGCCCGACAAGCGCAGAGGAGAACCUGGAACCAGAACCCCAGCGGGAGAGACUGAGCUGGGGGCCACGAGGGACAUCGUCAGCAUGGACGAGUUCCCGGAGCAGCCUCCCCCGCUCACCCCCGCACUCCCCCAGAAGAAGUCUCGGUUCCGCUCAGAUCGCGUGAGGUUUGAGAAGGACGACCCUGCGGAGAGGCUCGAUCGAGAGGACCCCCACCUCACUGCCGUGCUGUCCAGGAUCAUUGAGCAUGACACGAGUGCGGUUCCUGUGUCCUUCCCAGCAUUCACUGGGGCCCCGUUUCCCAAAGUCUUCCACAGGUCAGAGGUCAAAGAGCAGCAGGCCUCUGUCCCUAGAAGGAGUAUCUUUGCUCAGAAUAUCGCCGCUCGGACAGCGAAUGUGGUCAGUGAGCCUUCCCAGAAUGAUGCUCCAGCAGGGAUCACAGGUCAGAAGUUAGCCCCGCCUCUGUCAGAGAAGAUGCAAGCACAUCAGACUGACUCGAACCCGAGCUUCGGGGCCCCGCUCGGAGGGGGUGCUCCGAGGCUGGUCUCAGGACAGGGUCUGGGGGGUCCGGGGGGCCUCACAGCGGCGAGGCAGAUCCACCUGGAGAACGAGGCCUGGCUCAGGGGCAUGUCCAAGGCAGAGAUCCUGCAGGAGCAGGGGAGGCUGCUGGCUCAGCUGGACCCCAGGCUAAUCUCCUUCGUCAAGUCCAAGAAGUCCAAGGAUGUGUUGGGUCCAGCCAGGUCCCAGGAGGACGGAGGAACAGAGGGACAGAUGGACACACAGACAGAGCCCACGUUGUCCGAUACAGAGGAAGGACCAAUAGACAUGGAUUCUGACACCGAGGGGCGGGACAAAGAAUCUGAACCUCCAAUCACAGUGGAAGACCUGCCAGUGAAGCCCCAGGAGGGCUGGGUACACAUGAACCAGCUGGAGCCCGAGAAACUGGAGUGGAUCAAAGACCUGCCCAAACCCAGGAAGAGGGGAACGAGACAGGCGAUGCAGGCCCGCUUCGAUUUCUCCGGCUCUCUGAUCCCCCCGGAGGCUGACCUGCCCCCUCACCUGGGGCUGCACCAUCACGGAGAGGAGCCGCAGCUGGCUGGCUAUUCCCUCCAGGAGUUGUUCCACCUCUCUCGCAGUCAGGUGACUCGGCAGCGCAGCCUCGCUCUCACCACGCUCGCGCGCAUCCUGCACAAGGCUCGCUCUGGUCACUUUGCCUCGUCGCUCAGAGGCAGUGUCCUGUCCACUCUGCUGGACGCCGGCCUGCUCUUCCUGCUGCGCUUCUCGCUGGACGACUCGGUGGGGGGGGUCAUGGCGGCCGCGGUGCACGCUCUCUGGGCGCUGCUGGUUGCCCCCGACGACGAGGAGUGUUUGGACAGUACCUUCUCCUGGCUGCAGGGCAGCACCACCUUCCCUCUCCUCCCCUCAGAGAAGCCUGAGGAAGAUGAGGAGGAGGAGGGGGAGGAGGAGGAAGGGGUGAAGGUGGCAGCGGAGAAGAAGGAGGAAAGGAGAGCCGAUCACGACGUGGCCAGGACAGACCUCAUCAAGGCCCUGUUGAAGAUGCAGGUUCUGGCUCGGCUCAGGUAUAUUCUGGAGGUGGUCCGGCCCGGUCCCAGGGUGGUCCAGGAUGUUCUGGAGGUCCUGACCCGAAUCGCCCGUCACUCCAGCGCCUCGGCCAGUCAGGUCCUGGACGCCCCGCGGUUGAUGCAGACUAUCCUGUCCGAGUUCCUGCCCUGCUCCUGGACCCCGCACCCCCCUGCCCCCCCUGGCGGCCCUCUCACCCUGGAGACCGCACACGGGCUGCCCGUCGCCGCGGCGAUGAAGCUGGUCAGAGUGCUGGCGUGCUCCGGGAGACACGCGUGUGCCAGGCUGUUGAACAGCUUGGGUCUGCGUGAGAGGCUGUCCCGCUACCUGGCCCUGGAGCCCCAAGACCUGCUGCUGGAGCCCCGCGAGGCAGUGAGGCUGAGCACAGAGGCACUGAGGCUGUGGAGCAUCGCGGCAGGGUACGGGCAGGCCUGCGACCUGUACAGGGAGCUUUACCCCAUCCUGGUGAGGGCCCUGCAGUGUGUCCCCUCUCUGGUGACCCCGCCAGACCCUGAGGAACCCCUGCACACUCUGUCCCUGCACAGAGCCGAGGCCCUGGUCAGCCUGCUCACCAACAUCACACUCACCGCGGGCAGCGAGGAGGAACUGCAGCGAGAGCAGACGCGUAACCCCGAGAGUGACUCGCCUCCCCCACCCCCGGUGGAGUGGAGUCAUGUGACCGGGCUCCGUCCCUUCCUGGUGGGCUCUCUGAAGAGCUGUGUGGGGGGGCUGUCUGACCCCCUCCUGAGGGAAGGAGCUCAGAGACUGAGCACUGCAAUCCUGCUGUACCUGGGGAGCUUCUACACACAGCUCCCAGCACAGAGCUCGUUCCAGCCGGUCCAUUCUCUCCAGGAGAUGGAGUCUCUCUCCUCGGAGGUCCUCGAGCCCCUGCUAUCCCAUCAGGCCGUGCGCAGCAUGAUGAGUGAGCUCAGGUCCUGCUCAGCGCUGUGUAACCCCAACUCCUGCUCCCCAGGCCCGGAGUCCAUCCCCAGCCUCCCCUGCCUCAGCUGCUGUGGAGGGAAGCCCGCGCUCAGCCUGGCUGGCUCCCAGUCUCCCUUCCCCUUGCUGACGGGUCUCUGCUACCUUCUCCACGCCAUGGCCUCCACGCACAGGGGGCUGGCAGGAAAGUUCUCUCCACUCCUCCUCUCGGAAGCUGUGAUUGGUUACCUGCGCUCCUGCUGUGAAGCCACGCCCCCACUGUCUCUCUCCAGCGGUUGGCUGCUGAGACAUGAAUACCACCUGCAGUACCUGCUGCUCAAACUGGCUGCCAGACUGAUCCCAGUGCACGCUGCAGUUUCCCAGCAUGCCUCACUCUACCACCAGGUUGUCCUGGCGAUGCUCCCGCGGCUGUUGCCGGGCAGCGAACACCUGGCACACGACCUCCUGUCCACUCUGACCUUUAAUCCUGACUUCAUCCCAGAGGGGCGCUGUGGAGGCCCUGAAGCUGCAGACCUGAAUCAGCUACUUCACCUGAAAGAAAGCCACUCUGACCCCUCCCCCCUCCCUGCCUCCCAGCCAGACCCCUCCCCUAGCUCCUCCCCUAGCUCCUCCCUGGGCGCACUGCUCCGCGAGGCGUACUCCCACCUGCCCUCCCUGCGUAGCUGCUACCUGACUCACCUGUCCCAGCUAGAGCCCUUGGUGCUCCGGUCCCGGGAAUCUUACCUGGGCUGCACCCCCUUCGUUCAGUCCCAGCUCCUCCCCCCCCUCUCCGGUCCCGCCUUGCCAUCUGAUUGGCCGUUCCUGCCCCUGGUCACCCUGUACGAGCGCGCCGGGCAGGCCGAGUCCAGGGGCUGUGCUGUGGAGACCCUGCCCCCUGCCUCUGUGGAGUCGGCGGUCCGCUGCCUGCAGUGGCUGCUGGUCCUGGAGCUCUGGAGGGAGGGAGGGGGGAAGGCUGUGUCUCCUGCUGCCAAGCUGUGCCGACUGGCCUGCCUGUUCCUGUGCGGCAGCGACCUGUUCCUGGAGCCCCCCGUGCAGCGCUAUGGAUGGGCAGUGCUGCGCUCGCUCUGCUCCCCUCCCCAGCUGGCAGCGCUGGACCUGGGCUUCCCCGGCUCCCCGCCUCCUGGCCUGGCCUCCUUCCAGGACCUGUACUCCACCCUGCUGGCCCAGUUCGAGGCGGUCUCAUUCGGGGACCCCCUGUUCGGGUGCUUCCUGCUCAUCCCGCUGCAGCGCAGGUUCAGUGCGGAGCUGCGGCUGGCCGUGUUUGGGGAGCACGUGGGGCUCCUGCGGUCCCUGGGGGUCACGCUGGCGCAGCUCCCGGUCCCCCUGCAGCUCUUCACCUCCCCCCCGGAGGACUCCCUGUCUCUGCUGCAGCUGUACUUCCGUGCUCUGGUGAUGGGAGCUCUGCGCAGGGCCUGGUGUCCCGUGCUGUACGCUGUGGCCAUCUCACACCUCAACACGUUCCUCUUCUCACAGGAGCCCGCACCGCAGAAAGUGGACACUGCUAGGAGAGGCUUGCUGAGGAAGACCUACUUCCUGACUGAUGAGGUUUUGAGGACUCACCUGCUCCUUUUCAAGCUACCCCGAGGCGACUCCGAGCUGGGGUUCGAAAUGUACGAGCAGCUCCCUCCAAUCAGGGACAAGAGACUGAGCACCGUGCUGGGGAGAGACGGAGGAGCUGUGUGAGAGAGAGUGAGGGAGGGAGGGAGAGACGGAGGAGCUGUGUGAGAGGGAGGGAGAGACGGAGGAGCUGUGUGAGAGAGACGGAGGAGCUGUGUGAGAGAGAGGGAGAGACGGAGGAGCUGUGUGAGAGAGACGGAGGAGCUGUGAGAGAGAGGGAGGGAGGGAGG